AUGGGCCUUGUGGAAGGAUGUAAUCCAUCUCCUACAAGUGCAGCAGCGGUUCUAAUAGCAGAUAACGUGGACGAGCCUACAAUGGAUUCACCUGAAGAAUCCAAAGAAGCUGAUGACUUAAUAGAGAAACUCAACAUUCCAUCUGCUUUGAUCGAUCUUUCUUUCGCCAAUACCCUCAAGCAAGCUCUUAAGAAAGGAGAGGAAGUAGUCCUGAAGAUAGACUGGAGCGAGUCACUGCCUCAUCCGGAUGAGAGAGUCGAGUAUGAGCUAUGGACUAACACCAAUGAUGAGUGGGUGUGCGAUGCGAUCGAUGAGCAGAUGAAUUUCGUCAAGAACUUUAAAGGGCACGCGCAGAUUCUCGAGAAAGGAGGAUACUCUUUGUUCACACCUCAUUACAUUACAUGGUUCUGUCCUAAAGAGUGUUUCGGCAAUCAGUGUAAGUCCCAGUGUAUAAACCGAGGGAGGUAUCCUGAACAAGACUUUGGAGAUGGGUACGACGGGAAAGACAUUGUUUUUGAGAACUUGAGACAGUUGUGUGUUCAUAGAGUAGCGAAAGAGAAUAGUAGGUCUUGGUGGGAAUCCCACUGGGACUAUGUGACUGACUUUCACAUCAGGUGUUCAAUGAAGGAGAACAAGUAUAGCAAAGAAUGUGCAGAGAUUGUUGUGGAAUCUCUCGGUUUGACACUUGAAAAGAUCAAGAAAUGUAUGGGCGGUGAUCCUGCAGCUGAUGUGGAAAAUGAGGUUUUGAAAGCCGAGCAAGCUCUUCGGUUAGGACAAGGAGACCGUGGGUAAGUCACAAUCUUGCCAACAUUGAUCAUCAAUAAUGCUCAGUACCGCGGUAAACUCGAGAGAAAUGCGGUACUAAAGGCUAUAUGUUCAGGCUUCAAGGAGAGAACCGAACCUGGGAUCUGUCUAAGUGGAGAUAUUGAAACAAAUGAAUGUCUUGAAGCAAAUGGAGGAUGUUGGCAAGACAAGAAAUCUAAUGUAACAGCUUGCAAGGACACAUUUAGGGGAAUAGUUUGUAAAUUCCCUGUGGUGAAUGGUGCGGGAGAUGGCUAUACUUCAUGUGAACGUAUCCCUUAUGGACCUGCGAGAUGUUCGAUCAAUCAAGGAGGCUGCUGGUCUGAAACAAGAAAAGGUGAAACUUUCUUAGCUUGCUUGAACUCAGAGACAUCCGGAUGUCGUUGCCCUCCAGGUUUCAAAGGGGAUGGUCUUAAAUGUGAAGACAUUGAUGAAUGCAAGGAGAAAUCAGCUUGUCAAUGUGAUGGAUGCAAGUGUAAGAACAAAUGGGGUAGUUUUAAGUGCAAAUGCUGCAAUCGUCUCUAUAUGAAAGACCAAGACACUUGUAUCUAGAGAAGCGGAUCAAGAAUCGGGUGGUUCUUCACAUUUGUUAUUCUACCUGCAGUUGCAGGCAUUUGUGUAGCUAGUUACGUGUUAUACAAGUAUCGUCUCAGGACUUCCAACGAUGUACAUAGCAACUCAAACAAGAUCCAGAGGACAACUUGUGGGAAUCGACAUGGUCUCAAAUUCUCAAUUGAUGAGAAGGUAUGUCUUAUCCGUCAUAUGCGACGUAUCUAUAAUUGUUUAGAAAAUUUGAGUUUGGUAAAAAAAAAAUUUUUUUUGUAUACAACCUAUGUAGCGGUUAACAGCCCACAAAUCCUAUAGCUACAGAUUGUUCAUGAUCAACUGAUGUUACUUGCCAAUAUGAACACCCAAUUAUCAGGUUUGUUUCCAAAACCUUGCGUUCAUACGAACACCCAAUUAUCAGGGUUUGCUCAAGUAUUUUAAACACCGUUCCAAAACCAUUUACAAUUCCUUGAAUAAACCGUUUCAUAAAAAUAUUUUUUUAAUCCGAUAAAGUUUAUGAACAGAAGCAAUUCAGAGUUAAGAUUGUAGAAGCCUGAAACCGAAUUGAAAUAAAAAUAAUAAAUAAAGAGAUAUUAAGGAAAUAAAUGAUUGUAGAACUCGAAUAGAAACCGAGAAGACAACCAUUUUCAUAAACAGAUAUGGAGUCGAGACACAAUUUUUUUCUUUAACUCUGUAGUGAGACGAAAUUGGCAGACGAUCGUUGAAGCCGUUAUUCCGGUGGUCGAUAAGCAAUAUGGAUUUCGGUGGUCGGAGGGCCAAUAAGAAACGUGGACGAGUAGAGGAUUUAGUCAUGGCCAAUAAGAGACGUGGGCAAUUUUCAUGAUGAUUAAAUGUAUGUGAUAAUAUUCAUGCUAAUUAUUUUUGAGACGAUUUGAAUUUCAAAUAUAUAUAAAGUUAAAGCAUAAAAUAGGUACAUAUAAGGUUAUUUUAUUAAUUGUCUACAUAUAUGUAAUUAUUUUUAGUUAAUACAAAUCAUAAGUUCAUGGGUUAAUUUGCAAAAUAAUAUUAUCUUAUAAAUUAAAAGGUGUGUUGAAAGAUAUAUAUAGCAUAGUACAUGAAGAAAAAAUAGUGAAGCACCAUAGAAUGAAUUAUCAUAAAACAGAAAAAUGUAACUGAAGAAAAUAAUACGAAUAUAUAACAUGGUCAAAUAGUAUUGAAAAUAUGUGUAGGGUUUUCAGGGAUCACUUGUUAAAUAGAGCUAAAUAACUUCAUGGAAUAUGAUUACAAAAUGUAAAAAAAGUCUUUCUUAAAUAUUUUUUCUACCAUAAAAAUAUUAAUAUAAAUAAUUAAAUUCUGAAUCUGAAAAUGCCCAUAAAAUAGUAAAUUUGGUUAUAAUUUAAUAAAUAUUAUUAAAACAGUAUGUAUAUAAUUUUUUAUUUAUUUUGUAGUGCGUGAAUAUUAAAAGUAUAAACGUAUACACUAUAGAUUGUAUAAAAAAUAUCAAAAUAAUUUUGAUAGUUAUUUAUUAAAUUUAGGAUGUUUUUAUGUUGAUGAAGUACUAAUUUUACACCCACCCACUUAUGCUUUUAUAUACGUACUACAACUUUAUUGUUUUAAUAGCGGAUAAAUAAAUAAAUAAAAUAAUAUAAAUAAAAUUUAUCAUCAAAUUUAAAUAAUUAAUUAUUUCUUACUACAACUUUUACUUUUUAUUAUUUCCUUCAAAUUUGUAUAUUUGUUUCACCAUUAAAAGCAUGAAAAUGUAAUUUGUUUUUACUUGUCUAGUAUUAUUUAUAAACUUAGAUGUUUGUUUGAAUUUUGUAUAUGUUAAGACCAACUAAAUUAUGUUAUCUGAUAAUCAGAGUUUUAUUAAUAAAUGAACUAAUUAAUUUUAAAUAUAUAAUUUUACAUUGAAUUUACUAAACAUUAAUUGAUUAGUUUUAUAUUAAUAAUUCAAUAUAUCUUACUAUUAAAUAUAAAUAAAUAUUUUUAUCAUAUAUUUAAAUUUAUUAAUUUAUCUUCAUAUCGAAGAAAAUCUCUAUUGUAAGUAUAAAUAUAGAAAGAUCAAGUCAUUUAUCUUAAUACUGCACAGAAUUAGGUUAUUUUGUGAAUGUAUCUUACAUUUAUUAUAGCUCUAGAAGAAAAAUUAUAUUUAACUUUGUUUAUUCAAUCGAUUUAUUUUUUUAUUAUCUAUAAACCGGAUCCAAGAACGUUUUUUGUAUAAGUCACAUAACCAUUUUCUUAUAACUCAAAAGUUUAGUACAGAUGUAUUUGAAUAAACUUAGUACUAAUAAUUAGUUAAAAAUAUUAGGAUGGGGCACAUAUCACACCCCUCCCAGAUAAUAAUAUAAUAUAAUGGUGGGAUGUUAUUUAAUAUUCUAAAAAGAAAUAAUUCAUUCAUAACUUAACUCUCAUAGUAAAUAUACGGGUCAAUGACUCAAUGGGCUUACUGAUCUAGGUGAAAAGUUAAAUUUAAGUGUCAAAAGGUGAAAAACAAAAUAAGGUUGCUUCAAAAGUGAAUACAACUCGAAAUUACGAAAUUCAAAAAAGUUUUUAACAUUUUCCAUAAAUGGCGAUUUCUUGAAGGUUAAUAUUUACUUUGAGUUCCAGAAUUUCAUACAUUUACAAUUUUCUACCCCCUCUUUUCCAUAGAUUUUAGGGCUAGAGAGAAGUGAAUUUUGAGUGAACACGCAAUAAAUGAACAUACACGUACAUGCAAGCAUAUGUAUCUAUUUAUCUUACUAUAGAAAACAUAUGAGAAAGAAAUUACCUGACUUGGUAUAAAAUCAAAUUCUAAAUAUUUUAAAUUUGUAUAAUUAUUAUUAGUUACAUACUUAGUAGCAUUUAAAUUUUGACCUAACAGUUACCCAUAUAAGAACAUUCAUGAUUCUUGAAGUCUUAAUUGUUGUUGGUGUGAUGAUUUUUUUUUUUUUUCCGUCAAGGUUGUUUCAUUAUAUAGAUAAAAUUGGCCCUAACACCAAAGUCAAUACCAUCAAACAUACAACGCUUUUCCUCCAAAGCCAGACCCACAAAAAACAGAAGAACACUAAAAACAGAGUAUGAGUAUGAGAUUGUUGGUGUGAUGAUUUUAACUUUUCUUAAAUUUUUUGUUAUUGGUGUAAUGAUUUUGUAAUAAAUAAACAUUCUUACGCUUAUUUAUCAAUUUCUACCAAGACAAGACAUGUUAUACUAUUUAGCAAUAUUUUUGUGAUGAAUACACAUUGAUCAGUUCUUGUGCCAAAAAAAAAAAGGAAAAGCAUAGUUAUAUAAGAAAGCAAAUUGAA